CAGUGUCCGCGAAAUGGCGAACAGGUGAAUUAUGCGGAUGCUGCGCUGAAGCUCUUGAGUCCGACCCAGUCAUUGACAAUUGUUAAGACAUCCAAUUCGGGUACCUGGAAUGAAUUUGAAAUGACAAUGAACACGAAAGAAGCAAAGCCGAAGUGUCGUUCUGCUCAAAGUGCAGCGCUUAUCAAGGAUGUCUGGUGUGUCAUUCAGACUACGCGGGUCGAUAUACGUAUUGAGCUCCUAAUGGCACGUGUGACUACGGAUGGCGCAAUAUUCACUACGGUAGAGCAUGUUUCGAUGGCUAUUCCGGGAGCGGUGCUCUACGUCAAGUUGGAGGAGAAGCUGUUGGACAAUAGUGAUCCUUUAGCACACAUUCUGCAGCUUGCUGAACUUAGAAUUCAAAAUAUCAUUUCAAUCAUAGACGAAAUUCAGCGUUCUAUUCCCAGAGCAGGAUUUAGCGGCUGGAAUAAAUGGGUGCUGGCGAACACUGAACGCAUUCUAAAACAGGCAGUUCUUCAGCGCGGUUUAGAACAAUGUCAAUGGUAG